AUGAUACUUUCUGUUUCGUCGAGCCCUGCUUUGGUCUCUGGUUUGAUGGUUGUACGUGCUAAAAAUCCGGUACAUCCCGUUUCGUUUCCCAUCCCAGUGUUUCGCAACACUUCCGGUUUACUUCUGUUGUUAGGUCUCGACUUCUCCGCUAUGAUCUCCCCAGUAGUUCAUAUAGGAGCUAUUGCCGCUUCAUUCCUAUUCGUGGUUAUGAUGUUUAAUAUUCAAAUAGCGGAGAUUCACGAAGAAGUCUUGCGCUAUUUACCAGUGAGUGGUCUUAUUGGACUGAUCCUUUGGUGGGAAAUGUUCUUCAUUUUAGAUAAUGAAACCAUUCCGUUACUACCAACCCAUGGAAAUACGACCUCUCUUAUCUAUAUGGUUCAUGCCGGAAAGGUACGAAGUUGGACUAAUUCGGAAACAUUGGGCAAUUUACUUUAUACCUAUUAUUCCGUCCGGUUUUUGGUUCCUAGUCCUAUUUUAUUAGUAGCCAUGAUUGGGGCUAUAGUACUGACUAUGCAUAGGGCUACGACGGUCAAAAGACAGGAUGUAUUCCGACGAAAUGCUAUGGCUUCUAGGAGGACUAUAAUGAGGAGGAUGACAGACCUUUUUUUUCCCACGAUCUACUCUCAGGGAGACGGCAACUACUCUAUGGUUCGAUUCCAUAGCGUGGGACUAGAGGGACCUAAACAACGGUAG